GGAAAGGUGAGAGAAACUGAGAAGAGUAGCAGCUCUUCUGUUCCUCCUCUUCUCGCAGCUGCAGCCUCCAGUCACUCCCACGCUCCACUCUCAGGUGGGAAGCGCGGAGGUGGUCACUGCUGGAACUUACACCCCGGACUUCCUCUCUUACUCUUCCCACUUUGCCUGUGUAUUUCGUGCCUCCCUCGGAGACAGUGGCUUUCUCUUACCACGGACCUCAGAUCCGGCUUCCCAUGGCCGCAGUCUGGAUGGGACGCCCACGAGGGGCUGCAGGCUUCCUGAAAGUCCCGCUGAUCGUUUUGGUUCUGAUUUUUGCCUGUGAAGCCUGCAAUAAUGUGACUUUCUAUGUCCCAACUAAACUAGAAGCUAAUCAAAUUGUUGGAAGAGUUAAUCUGGAAGAAUGCUUGAAGUCUGCAAACCUUAUUUAUUCAAGUGAUCCUGACUUUGGAAUUUUAAAAGAUGGUUCAAUAUAUCCAACAAAUAAAAUGUUAUUGUCUCCAGAGAAGAGGAGUUUUAUCAUAUCUCUUGUGAAUACUCAGGAACAGAAACAGAAAGACAUAAAUGUUAUAAUCAAACAUCAAAAGAAGAAGCAUUACAAAAGAGGACUUCAAGAAACAAUUCUCAAACGUACGAAGAGAAGAUGGGCCCCUAUUCCAUGUUCAAUGCUAGAGAAUUCCCUAGGUCCUUUCCCCUUGUUUCUUCAGCAGAUCCAGUCUGAUUCAGCCCAGAAAUAUACUGUUUACUACUCCAUCAGUGGGCCUGGAGUUGACCAAAACCCUCUCAAUUUAUUUUACAUAGAGAAAGAUACUGGGAAUUUAUUUUGUACUGGUCCUGUAGAUCGUGAGACAUAUGAGGCUUUUGAAUUAGUAGCAUAUGCCACUACUCCUGAUGGAUAUUCUUCAGAUGUUCCUUUACCACUUACUAUCAAAGUUGAAGAUGAAAAUGACAACUACCCAAUCUUCACAGAGUCAGUUUAUAAUUUUGAGGUUCUUGAAGGCUCUAGAAUUGGCACUACGGUGGGACAGGUAUCUGCGACAGACAGAGAUGAACCCGAUACAAUGCAUACUCGCCUGAAGUACUCCAUUAUGGAUCAACAGCCCCCUUCUCCUAAAUUAUUUUCAGUAAAUCCAGUUUCAGGUGUAAUCACUACAAUAUCACAUCAAAUGGACAGAGAGGUGGUAGACAAAUAUAAGUUGACAAUGAAAGUACAAGAUAUGGACGGUCAAUUUUUUGGUUUGAUGAAUACAUCAACUUGUAUCAUUUCAGUAAAAGAUGCAAAUGAUCAUGUGCCCACUUUCACUAAGUCUUCAUAUGAAGUCUCAAUUGAGGAAAAUACAAUCAAGAAAGAUGUUUUGCGAAUAGCCGUAGAAGAUAAGGAUUUGCCUAACACUCCAAAUUGGAGAGCUAAUUAUACAAUUUCAAAGGGCAAUGGAAAUAAAAAUUUUCAGAUUGUGACAGACCCCAAAACCAAUGAAGGUGUUUUAUCUAUUAUUAAGCCACUGAACUUUGAAGAAAAUCACAAAGUGAUGCUGGAAAUUACUGCAGCCAAUGAAGCACCAUUCUCCAGGGAUAUCCGGAGCAUGAACACAGCUACAGUAACCGUUAAUGUUAUAAAUCAGGAUGAAGGUCCAGAUUGUAACCCAGCAGCACAAAAUGUUCGCAUAAAGGAAAAUGUUGAUGUGGGGACCAGAGCCAACGGGUAUAAAGCACAUGAUACAGAAACCAGAAGCAGCAGUGAUAUAAGAUAUAAGAAAUUAAAUGAUCCGAAAGGGUGGGUCACUAUUGAUGAAACUUCAGGGUCAAUAAUAACUUCCAGAAAACUGGACAGAGAGGCAGAAGUUGUUAAAAAUGGUGUUUACAGCAUUACAGUGCUUGCAAUAGAUAAAGAUGGUAAGACAUGUACUGGCACACUUGGAAUUAUCCUUGAAGAUGUGAAUGAUAAUGCUCCAAUCAUCCAUCAAGAUAGAAUAAUACUUUGCAAACCAAAGAUGGAAUAUACGACAAUUGUUGCAGUUGAUCCUGAUGAACCCACAAAUGGGCCUCCGUUUGUUUUCAGAUUAGGACCCAGUUCUGAUAUCCAGAAAAUGUGGACAGUUACCAAGUUCAAUGAUACAGCUGCACACCUUUCUUAUAAGAGUAAUGCUCCAUAUGGAAUAUAUACCAUACCAGUCACUGUGAGUGAUAGUCAUGGCCAGAUGUCAACAAAGAAACUGAACGUUAAUCUCUGUAAUUGUGAUCAUCCAGAUCAUUGUGCUUCUGCUAAAUCAGCGUAUCCAGACACCAGACUAGGUCCAUGGGCCAUCCUUGCAAUACUGUUGGGAAUAGCACUACUAUUUUGUGUCUUAUUCACCUUAGUCUGUGGAAUUUGGAGUCCUUCAAAAGCAAAAAAACCUUUUCCUGAUGAUAUGGCACAGCAAAAUUUAAUUAUAUCAAACACAGAAGCUCCUGGAGAUGAUAGAGUGUGUUCCACAAAUGGAUUUACAACACAGAUGCUGAAUGGCAAUGGUCAAGGGUUUUGUGGCACAUUGGGAUCAGGAAUUAAAAAUGGGGGACAGGAAUGCUUUGAAAUGAUGAAAGGAGGACAUCAGACCUUAGAAUCCUGUAGAGGAGGAGGUCAUCACACACUGGAAUCAUUCAGAGGAGGACAUCACACCCUGGAUUCAGGCAGGGCUGGAGGACAAGUUGAAGUUGAUGCCUGCAGAUAUACAUACUCUGAAUGGCACAAUUUUACUCAACCACGUCUUGGUGAAAAGUUGCAUCUUUGUAAUCAGAACGAAGACAAUACCCAUGCUCAAGACUAUGUCCUUACAUACAACUAUGAAGGAAGAGGCUCUGCAGCUGGUUCUGUAGGAUGUUGCAGUGAGCACCAUGAAGAAGAAGAAGGGCUUGAAUUUUUAGAUCAACUGGAACCCAAAUUUGCUACAUUAGCACAAACAUGCAUGAAAAGAUAAAUGUGUUGUUAAUAGUUCUACAGCUUUUUCCAGAUACUUUGGAGGACUCCAAAAACAAAACAAAAAAAUUGAUUACUGAUGAGGGCAAAUUUUUCUUCAUUUUGAAGGGAGGAAUUAUUCUCACACAUUUUUUUUUGCCUCUGCUAGUCUGUUUACCUCCUCUAAGAAGCCAGCAUAUGGCAAAAUGAAAUUCAUUUUCUUUCUUUGGGGAAAUAGACAAAUAAUUAUUUCUAAGGCUCCAUCAUGAGGAUUUUUGUAUUCACUUGUAUAUUUUUCCUCCCUCCUUCCCUCAUUCUAAAAAACAAAAUUAUUUUUUUCUUUAAGACUUUGGUGAUGAUGCUUUAACAGGACUUAAAAAACCAUGACAAGUGAUUUCCAUACCAACACUCUUGUGGAUUGUAAGAAUUUUAAACCACUUAAACAUAUUGAGACACUACUUUGAAACUCUUGUCAGGUGAAUAUAGUGCCUUAGUCAUAUAGAGGGGUGAGGAAGAGAGGAGAGAAGGAAAAGGAGAGAAGAGAAGGCAAAAAGGAAGGAGGGAGAAAGUAGUGGGAAAAGGGGAGAAGAGGGAGAAAAGGGGAGAGAAAAAAGAGAGAGGAGGAAAUUCUAGAAAGAGUAGGAAGAGAGGUGGGGGAGGAGGGGAGAAAAAGACUUCUACUUAUUAUGUUAGAAGAAAAAAAUAAACUCAUUUAAAUAACUGAACAUAUAUAAUACUGACUUGAGUCAGAAGACCUGGACUGAAAUCCUUCCUUUGAUGCUUUCUUUUUGUAUGACCUUGAGUAAGUCUUUUCAUCUUCCUCUGCCUUAUCUGAAAAAUUAGGGGCUCAGCUCCAUACCUGUAAUCCUGGACUAAAUACUCAUAGCUAUUUUAUUUUUCUCUGUUCUCUUUAUAAAUUAGAAACCCUUACCAGUUUCUCUGACUUGUUCCCUUCCAUUCAAUGGCAGAAAUAAGUAUGACCUUUCAGUAUUAAAACUGUAGGGUGAACAACAUGGUUACUCUCUUGGAAGAGAAAAGAAAAAUGAUUUGCUUUUGAUUGGAUAUUUUCUUGUUUUCAAUAUUAAACUUACUCUUAAUAAGCAUUGCAAUAUGCUAACCUGUUUUUUUAAUACUGCUUAUGAAUAAUGAUGUGAACAUUAAACUUUUUAAUGUUCUUAAGUUUUCCACAUCUUUGAAAUUUGCAUAGAGUGGCUAAUACAUUUUCUAAAAUGUUAUGAUUAUACAGUUGAGCUUAAUAAGCCACAAAUGUAAAGAAUGAGUGCAUGUGGAGAAUUUUGUAUCACAAUCAAAUCAGAAUAACAAGUCAUGGUAUAAUUUGAUGAUAUAAUCAGUUAUUUUCAUGGCGUUGGUCAUAGUGGGUAAAGAAAGGAUAAUGAUUAUUUUUACAUGGACAAACCAAGCUUUUGAUAUUUCCCACAAUAGCCUGGCUAUAGACAUUUUCUAAACAGAGAUGUGUCAAGAUUCAGAUAUCUGUGUUUCUCUGAGUUUGUGAAUUAUGAUAAAUAUAAAUGAACCUUAGAACACUUUCCUCCUUGGCCUACAUAUCAUUUCUUCCCUUCUGCUAUGCCUUCCCUCUCCACUUUUACCUCCUUUCCAUACAAGCUGAGUUUCCCCAAAUGCUCUUUUAUCUUACCCUGCUUCAAGAAUCAAGGUGAUUUAAGAGAAGUCACUUCAUUAUAUUCUUCUGCCCCAAGCACAACCAGUUUGAGAUUUAAUUAGAAUAACAGGGAAACAGCUUUUGGAAGGCUAAGUUGUUAACACUUUGUUUAUUCUCACCUGAUAUAGUAUGAUUGUUUCCUUGGUGAUUGCAGAGUAAGGGAAUAGGGGUUUUGAAGUAAAUAGGAUAAGAAUCUUGAGUAUUUUUGAGCAUGGGAAAACUGGGUUUGGGAACCUAUGAUGUUGGAACAGAAGGGAUUCUGGGAAGUAAGAGAGGAGCAAGGAAAAGGAGGGAAUCUGAUGCCAAAGACUAUUUUUGCCUACUUAUGUAUUACCUAAGACUUAACCCUCCACUCUUCACCCUCCUUUUGUUUGCCAAGAAUUGCUUUUAUAGUAUUGGGACUGAAGUCAGGAAUUUUCAUCUGACUGAGUUCAAAUCCGGCUUCAGACCCUAGCUAUUUGGCCUUGGGUAAGUCACUUAUUCCUGUUUGCCUUGAUUUCCUUAUCUGUAAAGUAACUGGAGAAGGAAAUGGCAAAUACUCCAGUAUCUUUGCCAAGAAAACCCCAAAGGCAUGGGGUCACAAAGAGUUGUAUACAACUGAACAACAAAAACAUUUUAUUAGAUCUCUUUUAUACUAUCCCAGCUCUCUCUUUCCACCCAAGUCCUUGGCUUUCUUCUACUUUUGAAGUUCAGUAAAUUAAAGGGAAAAGGGUUUAUAUAAGCUUAGUGAGGUAGCCUAAGUCAUAUUGGUGAAAGGAUGGAUUUACAAUUUGCUAUAUGCAUCUCAAAGGUGUAGGUAUUUUAUAUAUACAGCUUGGUGGAAGGCUUUAGAGGAAAUAUUUAUGUAGAUACAGCAUUUGUCAUGGGAAUUUCAUUUUAUAUUUUCAAUUAAUUUGCUAUUGAAGUGUCCACUUAAAAUUCAAACUUUUGGAAGUAUGUUAUAUCUUUAAAGAAGUUAAUACCUUUUCCAUCAAUUGGUGUUAUCUUUACUUAUACUGUGCAAUUCUAAAUUGUGUGCUACUUUAACCAGAGAGUAUGGAUGCUUAAAAGGAAAACUAUAAAAACUUUUUUAAAAGUUACUCUGCUUUUUUAUGCAAAUGUAUAGUAUAAUUUUCUUGUUUUUAUUGAAAUGUAUAUAGUUAGGAUGUAAAUUAUAUGUAGAGUGCUCUUGUUUUUUUAAGAUAUCUUUGUUAGUGGAGAACCUUUCAUUAUUAAAAUUAAAGAUAUUCAUUGUUAUAUUAGUUAUAACUUUAUAAGAUUGUAAAUGGAAUGGGAAAACAAAACAUUUACUAUACAUACCAAUAAAAAAAAACUUUCAAUUAAUUUGCUACCUUUAUGUUUAGAGAAUUACAUAGCAGAUAGUUCUUUCUCUUAAGGAGCUUACAAUCAAAUGGGACAAACAAGAGACUGAUGUAUAAUGAAUAGGAAUUAAUAAUGACAAAUGUGUCUUAAGGAUGAAAAAUGUUAAUUAUCAAAAGGUUGGAAAAUAGAUUGGGUUUACUUGAAUCUACUUUCCAGGUGAGGUGUAUCUACUAGGUGUGUAUUAUAUAGGCUUUAGGAGAGAGAGAUUGAAGACCAAGGGAAGAAAAAUCCCUUUGUAAACCUUCCUAGCUAAAAGCUUCUCAUUAAAUCUUACAGGAGUGGCACAGUAUAUUGAAUCAUCACCAUUGCAGAGAAUGGCUUCAGAAGUGCCAAAUACAAUGUUUCCCAUUGUACUAAUGGUUUUGUAUUAAUCAUCCCAGCCCACCAUGCACACACACUCUCUCUCUCUCUUUGUUUCUGCUACUCAGUCCCUAUUUGUGAGAUUUCCUAUUCCAGUCCUACCUGUUACAAAUCAUGUCAUCCUCAUAAUCUUCUAGAACUAUAAUAAGUCUUCUUCCACUCCCAACCAGAUAUAUAAGCUAUGUGAAGCAACGGAGCAUUUCUUAUGCAUCCUUCCUACCUUUUAGACCCAGUAUUAAGUGCUCAAAAUGAAAAAUCUGACAUUCAAAGGAGGAAGGAGCAUUAGGAUACAUAUACUCUAACUCAUUUACAGAUAAAAUAGAAUGGUUUGCUUUGCUAUUUUUUAAAGUUUUCAAACAUUUUUCUCACAGGUACUAUAAGAUGAAUAAUGAUAUAUAUGUAGAUAUAGAUAUAUAUGAUUUUUUAAAAUUUAAAACUAAGGAAAAGGUCAGGAAACUAAGAUCCUAUGCCUAAAAUCUUAUAACUGGUUGAUGGGAAAUCUGAGAUUGGAAACCAUAUGUUAUGAUUCUAUCAAGCUUCUUCUCUACUCUAAAAACAAACUGACUAAUCCCUUGCUAGCAAAGAACAGCUUUUCAAAAACUUUAAAAAUUAUGUUGUUGGAGAAAGAUUCAGGAUUUUUCAUGAACAAUUCUAAGAAAUCCUAAGCAAUAGAGGAGGGAAAAUGAUAUAUUUUUUCUUGAUCAGCAAUAUAUUGAGAUAAGACAGAGUAGAUUAGAUUUCUUCUCCCCUUUUCCUAUUUGAUUUUAUUAUCAUGAAAUGGAAAUAUUGGAUUAUGAAAAGAUUUUAAUAAUUACUAAAAAACAUUAAUUUCUGGCAAAGAAUCAAAACAUUAAAGUAUCUUGAAUCUCAUAGUCAAAUAAUAAAUUAUUUUAAUCAACUGA